AUGCUCAUAUUUUCUACGAGAAAUCAGAUGGCUGAAGCGACGUGAAAGUAUAAUGGCGUUACCCUCAGUUGCCGCCUUGCCGACCAGCGCGAAGCCAACGACAACAUUGCCAGGCUUCGAAAACGUGACAGUUAAACAAGAAAGACCAGAUGAGGCAGAAAUCCGAGAAUUGGCAGCAAAAAUGGUGGAAGCAAAUAAGGCGAAGAUGGCUUCCAGUACAGCGCGUGCUGGUGGUCAAAUGCAACAACAGGUUGUGCAACCAGGACAGCCCGGGAUAAUGAACUACCUAACAAGGGGUUCAAAUGGUCAAACUAAACCAGGUAGUGAGAAGGACAGUAAAUCUGGGACAGGGGGAGAAUCUGACAAAAAGCCACCAUGUGAUGAAGAUAGUGUGAGAGGCAGGUUUGGUUGGGUAACCCUUGGUAAAUGUCAUAUCCCUUAUAUCUUCCGGUAUGGUGAAAAGUACUGUGCAGUGCGGAUGGUAGAAAUGAAACUCCUUAAUAAGUACCUGAGUUAUCUACAUUCAGACAUUUAUAGCUGCACCUGCAUUCGUAGUUAUUACAUUACGGAUACUGAAGCAAGACUUUUGAAUGAGGUAAAUGUGAGACACUGUGAAAGUCAAUUUGGGCGAGAUCCUUUUACAUCCAAGGACUUAGUUGUGCGUUUGCAGGAUGCAGGAGAGUUUUAUAACUUUCUGGAUGUGUGUUACAACAAACUUCUUCUUAGCUCAAGCAAUCCAAAGGACAAAUGUGGUUUUAUCCGCAUCAAUGGUGAGUCUGUGGUACCAUACACUGUGCGAGAUGGAUUUAAGUAUGUCCCACUUUUCUAUUUUGAAGGUGAGACAGAUAAUUUGAAACUUAAAGCAGAGAAGCUAGAAGGCUGGGACCUGGCAUAUUUAAAGUUUUGUUGUAAAGUGCAAGGAAUUCGCAACGAACUGUUUGCCAGUGAGACAUGUUCAGUUAUAAGUUUGAGUGAUAUUAAAAGUUACUUUCCACCAGGGACUGUGUUUGAAGAUUACUGGCCAAGCAAAGUGGUAGAUUCACAGCUUCUGCUUGCCAGCAAUAAAGGUAAUGCAGCUGUGACGAGUGCAGGAAUGUGGACUAAGCAGCCUGGUUUGCCACCAACACAGCAGCAGCAACAGCAACAGCAACAACAGCAACAACAACAACAACAACAUUCCACCAUUGCAAAUACCACUCCUCACCAUCAGGUGGCAGCUGGUAAUAAAGUAGUGACUGUUCCCUCUCAACCUGCCACACAACAACGGACAUCUACCCUUUCUUCUGCCACUAUGGCUCCUCCAGUCAAUAUGAGUGCAGCAGCUGUUCAGGCAGUGUGUAAUGGCUGGGCAGGUCUUGUUGGUGGGCAACCAGCAUUUCAGCCAGGGAUGGUUCCACAACCUGGACAAGUUAUCCGAAUGUCACAGCCACCCAUCCCAAUGCAUAAUCUUAGUCCCACCAGCAACAAUGUUGCGAGAUCUUAUAACCCAGUUCGGCCAAGGCCUGCUCCCCAGUAUUACCCACAGGUGUCCUUGUCUAUGCCCAUGGCACCAACACAGCAGAGUCAUAUGGCAGUAGCGCAACCCCCUCCACUAGUCAGGGUCACAGGGGCACCUCCUACAAUAGGGUCAUCAUGUACAUACACUUCAUCAACUGGACUGAGCAAUAUGCCAAAUGUGACUCAGAGUUCCUUGCAUCUGAUGGGCCUUAAUGAUCCUUCCCACCACCAGAUGCUUCCCCCUCCUCCUCAUUCAACCUCGCUUCUCCACUCGCAACAUUCUCCACAUUACACGCCAACUGUGGUUGGUUCACCUCAAGCACAGCAAAGGCAUACACCUCCAAACAACAGCGGUAGCAGCAACACCAGCAGUAACAACAGCGGUAAUUCCAACAAGUUCCCUCCUCCUCUCAUCCCAGUCAAUGGGACAUCCCGCUAUUCGUCUGCCGGUGGAGUCUACGGUUCAGGUGCUGAUGUGAUAGAUCUCUCUUCUCCACCACAGUCACCUCAUAGGCCAAAUAUGGGUAAUGGAAGGAACAGUAGCACUAACAACAAUGACCAGUCAUCUCCAUGUGGCCGGAAACUCAUACAAAUUGGGGAGACAUCAACUUCAGGCUCUCACAUACCAUAUCAGGUCCAGAAGGCACUAGUAGAAGGCAAAAUGGUUCCAUGUAUCAAUUCAAAACCUUUUAUAUACUCUGAGUUGCUGAUGACACUACCGGAUCUGGUGACUCAUUUCUUCCCCUCUGUACCUCUGAGCAGCUGCAGGCAGGUGCUACAGGAUGUAUUAGGCCUUGACCUCUAUCGAGGAAACAGGCAACAAAUGAACAUCCUGCGAGAUUCAGGCAAAUGUCAGAGUGUCAACGCUGUACUUCCGCUGGUGCAAGUACGAGACGUGAUGCAGUUCAUGCCACAAAUGAAGUACAUGUUCAGCCGGAUGAAUGCUGGUGGUGAGGAGAACCCUACCAAGCGCCAACGGACCAGCUAGGACAUGUUCUGGCCCGGGUCCAUGCCAGCAACAACAGCCUGGCAUGGACAUACUGGGUAUGGGUGGCCACAGCACUAUGGUUUGUAAUAGCAAUGUGAACUUCAAGCAAAUUUUAAUGCAUAACCAUAAGAUGGUUGAAUGGCUUCUUAAAAGAGUAAUUCAUCUGAAAUUUAUUCAUAUUUUAAAUGAAUUUUUUGUUUGAACUCAGUGACCAACUUCAUGUGUAAUUCCUAUAAAGCUGUUUUAAGUUAAUGAGUAAUAAAAUAACAUUUCUGAAUGAUUUUUUAUUGCUAAAUUAUGUGAUGAGUGGUGUUUACUGUGGUUGCCUUCUUCCUUAUUAAGAUGCGGAAACGUUAAUAGUUGUGCUGAGAGUCUUGUCACAGAUUUUAUCUCAGGAAGAUUAAGGAACUUGUUAGUAUUGUAGAGAAAUAAAUAUGUUUAUGAAUUACAAACUUGGAAUAUUGGUUUUUAAGUUCAUCUGAUUAUUGUUUGUCUUGGUUUGUACAGAAUGUAGAAUCAAGGCAUGUCAUUCCAUAAGAGUCUGAAGCACAUAAAUAAUCUUUAAAAAAAUAUAGUUUUGUGAAAUUUAAAUUUCACCUUUGUUGUUUGUUGCUUUAAGUUGUAAUGCCAUAUUAUGUGAUUUAUGACACUGUUACUUUAUGACCUUGCAAAUUAUUCACACAAUAUAUAUUGGACUCGAUUAUUAGUGCAUUUCUUUAUGAAUGUGCCAUGCUAUGACCAUAAAAUGUUCUUCGUUCUCAUUUUAGAAUUUUAAAGCAAGAUAAAACUGCCUUUCUGUCUCUGGCAGGACAGUAAGGUAGGCUGCAAACCGGCAUGCGUCAAGACAUGUAACAGUCAAGACACGAUGUCUGCGACAUGACGCAAAGAAAGGAGCACAGUUGAAACGAAUGAGUUUAUGAAAACUGCCGCACACCGGUCUGAGUCAUGAUGCUGACGUCAGCUUCAUGCUGCAGACGUGUGCAGGAAGACUCGGCAUGUUCCUUUUCUGUGCGUCAUGACUGAGACAUCAGUACUCAAGAAACAGGAUCAGUGUACGUUAUCGACAUGAGUGAAGAGCAAAUAAAUAUUAAAAUAGUGCAGACGGUUGAGAAAUUCCUGGUAAUAUACGAUUAUUCGUCCCCGGGCCACUCAAACAAGGAGGAGGUUGAUAAAGCUUGGCAUGCAGUUUCAAAAGAAGUAAACAUAGAUGGUAAGUGCACUGAUUAAUUUUAUUUUAAUGAGCUAAUGACUGAAUUAACUAUUAUACACAUUGAGCACAAGCUCGUUUUGUACAAGUCCGCUCUCACUCACACAUAAAACUGGACGACGUCAUGUCAUCAACUAGAGAAGAUGUGAUAAGACGCAGACACGUGCUACUCCGGUGUGCGGACUCGAGUCUGAAUCACGAAUGAAGCAAGACUGCGUCUUUUGUCUCAUGUCUUGAUACUUGUCUUGACGCAGUUGGUGUGCGGCCGCCCUAAGAGUUCUGUAAGGCCUUUCUUCUGUUGUUGUAUUUGGUAAGAAGAAAUACAAUUCAUUUCUUUGAAGUCGUGAUCAUAUACUUGCGUAGAAGUUCAACCUCAAGCUUGCUUCCUAAAGUUAUGCACAUCCCAUGAUUGUUCAGUAGGAAGAGUCAUUUUAGGCUUGUAUAUGCAAGGAAUUCAGGUACAAAUUUAAACAUUUUUAGACUAGUCAACACUGGCACCUGCUGGACUUACAUUGUAAUUAAAUAAAUUGAAGUCUGUAAUAUUCCACCUUACACAUUUUUAUCCUCUUAGCAAAAUAUAGCUCUCUGUAAUUUAAAGUUUUAACAGGUACUGGAAUUACACAUAAUACAGUAUGUUUGUAAAAUUCAUUUAAGUUUGGACAACUUUUAGAAGAGUUACUUAUGAAUGAGCCAGUGCAUUAAAUGAUGCUAUAAGUAACGGAACUAUGAACUCAGUUUACACAUCAUAUGAAGAGUGCUAGUGUUUACCUUAUAAGUGACAAAGAAACCUUGAAUAGCGUGUGAAAGUGGCUAAAAUUAUCAUGUACGCAUAUUGGAUAGGAUGUGUGGUAGAUAAAUCUUACGUUUAUGGUGUAAAUAUUAUGAGUUUCAUCAAAACAAGUGCUUUUUUUAUUGAAUGUUUCAUUUAUUUAUUUUCCAAUUACAUCCUACUCUGCUGACAUACAAUUGUAGGAGCUAUUACUUAUUAAAUAAGCUGUCAUUUAUUGUGCUAAACUGUUCACAUUUUUAUCCUUCAUUGCCUACAUUUAAUUUAUUUUAUGGCAUUUAAUCGUGAAACGAAACUAAAUAUGCUGCCUGAUUAUUCUUGAUGGAAAGUCUUUAAAUUUGAGAAAAGGUGGUAAGAGGUGAACAAUGGUUGCAUUAUUGUUAUGUGCAAACAGUACAAUUUUGGUUACUAAAAAAUGAUUUAUUGAAGUGUAUAUUUUGAAUCCAUUUUAAUACAGGUCAUUAGGUUAGUUUAAAUGCAUUGCCUUUGUGUUUUAUUGUAUAUAAAAGUGCUCUUCCCCUAUGUCAUCAAAAUUAAGUGCAUAUAGUCUGGCUUUAUUAAAGAUCCCUUAUGGCAAUCCAAGACACUGCCAAUCUCCACCAAGAUGCCAAUUUAUGUGCAGAAGCCCACACACAGUGUGACUGUUGAUGUAAAGUAAUUUAUACACAAAUAUAUGAAACUUGUGUUGACAUAUGUUCUGUUAUAUGCGCAACA